AUGGGACCUCCGACAGGCCUAUUUCCACUGUUUUUGGGAGUGCUACACUUCACGACUUCUGUCAAGAGCCAAUGCCAGCCACAGCCCCUUGUCGCACCUAUCCAGAAUGUAUCUUUGCCCAACGGAGCCUUUGUAAGAGGAAUUUCCAUGGCCGUCGGCUCCAGCAACCAAAACAUCGCUUUCAUCGCUAGCAGUGAUUACAACGAGACCUACAUCUACGGAACAGACGGAUACUGUACAGAUGACUACUCAGCUGGAGCAUGCGUAACAUUUCGUGGCGGCGCAUACGACACAUCAAAAUCCUCAACGGACAAAUCGAUCGGUAACCGAAAGGAUAGUGAUGGCUUCGAUGCAGACUGGACAGAGGAUACCCUUAGCUUUGGCAGUAACACCUCACUGUCUUCAUUCGGAUUCGGCGUUCCGCGACAGGAUCUCAACCAGGCGUUCACCAGCCAAUCACAGCUCGGCCUAGGGAGGAACUCAUCCUUUUUGCGAGCACUCGUAUCAGCCGGCGAUAUAGGUACAAAGGCAUACUCCAUAUUUUGGGGGCUGGUCGGUGGUCCUGCGGAAAAGCAGACUCGGGGGUCAUUGGUCCUCGGCGGCCUGGACAGAUCAUUGAUCGCGGAUCCAAAUGACAACUUCACGGCGCCGCUGUUCCAGGGCAAUAGGUGUGGGACGGGCAUGCUAGUAACGAUUAGCGACAUCCUCCUGAAUUGGCCGAAUGGUACCGACAUAAGCAUCUUCAUGGGAUCGCAAUCAGCGGCCAUACAAGCGUGCAUCAGCCCCAGCUUUGCAGGGCUGAUGUCCCUCCCACUGAGCUACUACGACAACUUCCGGUCGCUCGCAGGUGGAACACCUCCAGAUGAUAGGAGCGAGGCGAGAAGCUUGGGUAUCAAUUACUUCACAAUGCUUUUUGCCCCAAAUGAUGUUUACUACGGUGGUCUGACAAUCAAGCUUCAAAACAGCGUCUCCAUAAGGAUUCCCAACACCGAACUAGUCGUUCCUGACACAUACAUCGCCUCCGAUGGCGCAGUUCAGACGAAUACAUCGGUCCGUAACGUCGUAAUCAAUUCCCUUCAAUCCGACAAUGACAACGAUCUACCAGUUCUCGGCAGACUGUUCAUGAGCUCUGCCUACGUAAUGGUCAACCAAGAAGCUGGCAGGUUCUCCGUCUGGCAAGCGAACACGGAAUCCAAGACUUCUGAUAUCGUCGCAAUGGAUAAGAAAAACAACAUGGUCAGUGAGUUCUGCGCGAGCUCUACAGGCGGCUCAUCUAGUGCUACAUCCUUGCCCACGUCUUCCACCACACCUUCGUCACAGGACAAAACGCCAACGCUGUCAGGCGGCGCAAUCGGUGGGAUAGCUGUAGGUGCGGUGGGGAGUGUUGUUCUACUGGGCAUCAUAGGCUUCUUUUUGUAUCGGAGACGAAGAACAAGCGGCGCUGCAACAGUGGUGGUACAGGAACCAGAGUUGCAGACAGAAGAUGCGAAACUGCCUGCGUAUAGCAUAGUGACAGCAGGGCCUCAGGAACUUCCUGUAGACCAGUACAAUGUAACAGAGUUGGAUAGUAGCACCGUCUAUAGUAGGAGACAUUAG